AUGCUGCAGCCCCAAGCCUUGCGCGCGGGGGGGGACCUCCGGCGGGGCGCGCAUGGCUUGCAGACCCUCGUCCUACGCACCGGGAGCCCGCGGGAGGGCUCCCCGUGCUGCGGGCGACUGCUGCAGCCCCAAGCCUUGCGCGCCGGGCGGGACCUCCUGCCGGGCGCGCAAGGCUUGCAGACACUCGCCCGAAGCACGGGAGCCCUCCGGAGGGCUCCCGUGCUUCGGGCGACAAGCUGCAGCCCCAAGCCUUGCGCGCCGGGCGGGACCUCCUGCCCGGCGCGCAAGGCCUGCAGACACUCGCCCGAGCACGGGAGCCCUCCGGAGGGCUCCCGUGCUUCGAGCGACAAGCUGCAGCCCCAAGCCUUGCGCGCUGGGCGGGACCUCCUGCCCGGCGCGCAAGGCUUGCAGACACUCGCCCGAAGCACGGGGAGCCCUCGGGAGGGCUCCCCGUGC